UGUUCACAAGCUGUGCUGAAGCUGAAGUAUUGAGAUUUCCAAGAUCUGAAAUAAUCAUGAAGGAACUAUUGUCAGUUGUGACAUUUGUCUGGAUUGUCUCUGUUGCUGGACAUGAAUUCUUCUCAUCAAUGGAUCAAAUCAUGCAGCUUGUAGAGGAGGAGAAAAAGCUUCUGGAGCACUUCAGUGACUUUAUGGAUUCUGAGGAGGAGAAUUUUAAUAUACUUAAGGGCUAUCUCCAAAAUUCAAAACUGCUCUCAAACUCCACAAACCCUGAGAAAAUCAUGAAUGACCCUGUAGCAGCUUACAAACUCAUCAGACGACUGAGAAAUCAAUGGUUGUUAAUGGAAGAAUAUACUCAAAGAAGUCUUAAUGAGGACUUUAAAGAACUGCUGCACUCAGAUUUACUAAAGAUCCCAACACAGGAGGAUUUAGAUGGUGCUGCUUUGGGUCUGAUUAGACUGCAAGAGAUCUACAAACUCUACCCACACAACAUCACAUACAAAACGCCUCUUAGUGGGGAUGAAGCUUUUGAUGUGGGGUAUGUCGCUUAUAAGCAUGAGAAAUUCCAGCUUGCCUUCCACUGGUUUCAGUACAGUCUGAACGUGUUAGGUCAUCCAGACCUCUUAUAUUACCUAGGCUCAUCAGCAUAUAAAUAUGGAGACCGGCUUGUGGCAAUUGACUUCUACCUUCAGUUUCUUGAUCAUGUCCCAACUAAUGAGUACGUUAAAAAUGAGCUGGAAGAGAUAUACAGUAGCUUUUAUAUUGAUAGAUAUUCAGACCCUGAUAUAUACAUACUGAAUACAGAGUCAACUGAAUAUGAGGGAUUGUGCAGGGGAGAGGUUGACCAGAGGACAUAUAGAAGACAAAGGACGCUGUCCUGUAGGUACAGCACAGGUGGAGGAAACCCCAGGCUGAUUUUGGCACCACUGAAAGAAGAGAUUGAGUGGGAUGAACCCCGAAUCAUCAGAUAUCAUGACAUAAUAUCAGACAAAGAGAUUGAGAUCUUGAAAAAUAUCUCUAGACCUCAGCUGUCUAGGUCUAAAGUAUACAUAGCACAGGAUGAAGAAGGUGCAGUCAUCAAUAAUCGUGUUUCUCAAAGUGUUUUUCUGGAAGAAGAUGACACUGUAACUGUUCGUAUCAAUCAGAGGAUUGCAGAUGUUACAGGACUCUCUAUGGAAAAAUCUGAAACUCUUGUUCAAAAUUAUGGUAUUGGUGGCAGAUAUGAACCACAUCAUGACUUCUUGGAUAUAGAGAAUGACAGGAUUGCUACAUUCUUAAUUUAUAUGAGUGAUGUGGAGAAAGGGGGUGCCACUGUGUUCCCUGAUGUUGGAGUUGCAGUGCAGCCAAUAAAGGGAUCUGCUGUGUUUUGGUACAACCUCCAUAAGAACGGUACAGCCGAUUUGAAAACAUUGCAUGGUGGUUGCCCUAUCAUUGUGGGAAAUAAAUGGGUGGCUAACAAAUGGAUCCAUGAGUUUGGCCAGGAGUUCACAAGACCCUGUUCUUUGUCAGAUGGGAAGUAAAAAGCAUUAUAGAAGCCACAAUGGUUACGGAAACUGUAUUAUACACACUGUAUACAGGAUCUGUGUGUAUAUUUUGUUUUAUAAAUCUAUAAAAUUGUAUUAAUUUAUAAUCAUAUAAUAAACUCUUUAUUUCUUUAUUCAGUAAAGUAAAAUGUCAAUUUACAAUUUUUAAGUUAUAAUUUAUUAUAUUAUAUAAAUGUAUUAUAUUAUCUACACUUUAAAAAAAUAUUUUUUUGAAUUUGUAAAUAAAGUAAGCAUUAUCUAAGUCAACUCUUUCUACUUGUCAGGAUCCUGUCAGAAUCUUGUUAUGUUUAGAAUCUAGUCUCUAGUGGCAGGGUUCUGACAGUACCAUGUUAUGUGUGGGGACACGUGGCUUUGGAUAUGUGUUUCCAGUCACGUGUUUUCAGUGUCUUGUCU